UAGAAAGCGUUCGCUGUAUUUGGAUUGGGUAAUUCACAGGGAUUCCAUGACACUUUGAGAACUGAACAGAAUCUACAUUGUCUGACUUGGUGCUCUGAGCACAGCUUUAAAGGAGCCAUGGAGGUGCUUGUGCUUCUAGACUUUGAGGCGACGAUGCCAGAUGAGUUAACGGUGUGUGUAGGGGAUGUGGUAAAGAAUGUCUCAAAGGCCAAAGAAGAAGGAUGGCUGGAGGGAGAUCUGAGAGGAAAGAGAGGCAUGUUCCCUGGCAACUUCGUCAAGGAAGUGCCUGUUUACCUAAUAGGGGACAGCAACAGAGAGCCAAGAAGCUUGAGGAAAUCGAAGAAACCAAAGGUACAGACGAGGAAAUGCGAGGUGACUUUUCCCUACACUUCCCUGCACGAGGACGAGCUGGAGCUGGUUGUCGGAGAGACCAUCGAGAUUGUCAGAGAGAUUGAAGAUGGAUGGUGGAUGGGAAAGAAAAAUAACCAAAUAGGAGCCUUUCCGUCCAAUUUUGUGAAGGAAAUUUUUGUCCCUUCAAAAGAUGGCAAGAUAACUGAAGCCAAAGCCAGGCCUAAACUCUCUGAAGCUGUCUUCAAUAAAGAAGGAAAAGGACAACAGAGACCAAGUUUACGGAGGAAAACAUCAAGCGUAAAAGAAUGUUGUCAGGCCAUGUUCGACUACACGGCUGUUGCCGAAGACGAGUUGAACCUGAAGAAGGGAGACGUCAUAACUAUCAUCAGCAAGGCCACUGAGGACGAUGGCUGGUGGGAGGGGGAACUGAACGGAGACAGGGGCUUUUUUCCUGAUAACUUCGUCAUGGUGAUCCCAAGGGAUGCUCUUCAUACUGGGAAUGCAGGCCAGACACCGGUGAGACUUGGCUCUCAGAAAAAAUCAGGGAAUCAGAUGCCAGUGAUGGACCAGAACACCUCAGAUAUGAAACCAAAGACAGAGACUAAAAGUGAGAAACCAGACACUAAAGACUUUCGAAGUGACCCACCUGGUAAAAUCAAGUUGCCUGGUCUACACAAACCACCUGUUCCACCACCCGCCAAAGAGAAGCCCAUAAAACUAGUACCAAAAAAUGAAGAGCCACAAGCUGUCUCACCGAGACAACAGCCCCCUGCCUCGCCAGUACAGAAAGAGGUUAAAGACACUAAGGAUGUAAAAGAUAAGACACCUGACCAGUUUGACGGUGUAGACGUGUCCUCAGAGAAACUGAGCCAUCCCACGGCCAACAGAGCCAAACCUCCACAGAGAAGACCACCAACAGCCCUCGCCACUGUCACACAAGUUCUAGAUGAAACUGACCACAAUGAAACUUCAGGGGAGAAAGAUGGAUUACCACAAAAUAUUCCAGAGGUUACAGAGCCUCAGUCAGCUCCUCCUGCCAAGACAGAGCAGGGAACUAAGAGCACUUUACCACCCAAGACACACACUGAAAGCAAAGCUGGGGUUCAGGAGGAGACUGCAUCACUGGCCUCUGUGCUGAUAGAACUCAAAGAUCUCCGUAUGUCACUGGAUCUCCUCAAAGCACGGCACGAGAGAGACAUAAAUGACCUUAAAGAUGAACUGAAGGAUGAGUCCGAAAAACGGAUGAGAUUACAGGAUGAAGUGGAGGCUCUGAGGAAAAAAUAGUGUCCAUUGAACACCAGGAAUAUUUCACAAUCCCCAAGUGAUCCUUCUUUGGGCCAUGGAGAUAAAGGCUACAGAAAGACAAUGAUGGAGUGUUGAGGAAUGUACAAAUGUGCAGACAGAUAUGGAAAUCCAGCAUUUGCAACUUGAAUAAUUCCUAAUCCAGUGGACCAGAAGGCUGAGCUCCAUUCAGGGAGCAGAACUACAAAAAGACGUUUGGUUUUUCAUAUACUGCUUAUCAGCUCAUUUGGUUUUGGGAGUCCUCUCCACUUGUUUUUUUUAAGACAUACAUAUAUGU